UGCCUGCUGUCGCUGUUUCUACAAGUCUCUCUCGAUAUUUCUCGAUCUCGAUCGGUACCGACAGUAUUUCAGGAUCAGUCACGAUCCAGCGGAUCGUGUUUCGAGUUCUGGACAGACAGAAUUUUAAUAUGAACAUCUAUGAAUUCAUCUGUGUGUCUGUGAUCACGUUCGUGACCGGUAUAAUAUGUACACUCGCGCUGGAGUUUUAUUUGUUGAAAAAGUAUUUGGAGUCCGGACCUUUGGCCAGUCCGACGAAGAGAACUCUUCAUCAUGGCAAGGCCCGAUUACCUAGCGAACUGCUGGAAAGAAUUCAAGAUGAGAGGCCGAGCUCCUCCAAUUUAGCGCGUCAGGGUAUGUGCCAAGGGAACGAGAACCUGGCGAUUAAUUUAACGUUGCAAUUUCUGUUCAACGAACUUAGAAAUGCAGAGAGAGUGCGCGUUUGGUUGUACAGAAAGUUGAACAACGAGUUCAAAGAAUUAUUGACUCAAUCUACCACUGCCAAACUAUUGGACAGUGUUCAGUUGAGAGACUUGAACCUGGGCACGCAGUUCCCUACGAUAAAGGGUUUAGAAGUAGCAGACUCGAAGAUAGACGCGGACACAGGUCUACUGGAAUCGUUGGACCUGUCUCUAGACCUGCAUUACUCUGGAAAUUUUCAGUUGUCCAUAGACGUGAAAAUGCUACUCGGAAAGACUGCUUACAUGGCGUUGCAAGUGAAACGUAUUAGUGGAAGAGCCAGGCUACAGUUCACCCGCGUUCCAUACACACACUGGUCGUUAAGUUUUUAUUCGGAUCCUAUACUGGAAUUGGAGGUGCAGUCCCAAUUUCAAGGCCGUCAAUUACAACCGCAGAUCAUCUCUCUGAUCACAGGACAGAUUCGGCGGGCUGUCCGCAGGAAACACACUCUACCUCGUUAUAAAUUGCGUUACAAACCAUUCUUCCGCAGACUGAACGACGAAGCUGUAGAUCUGUCCGAAGUCGCCAAUAUACAGUUGACGUCCGGCUAUUUGGAAGUAUCGCUGGUGGAAGUGAGCAGACUGAAUCUUGGACUUAACAUGCUCAACGCAGAGGACAGAUCGCAGAUCGAGAUAUACUGCACGAUAAGCGUAGAUUCAACGCCUUGGGUGUAUCUCACUCAGUACACAGGAGUUUCUUACAUGGUGUUGGACGUGAUCAUCAGCAAAGUCAGUUCCCAACAGCUCGGCGUAGUGUUCAAGCAAGAAUUCGUGCCAGAGAUAGGUCAUGUCUGCGUGCUGGUCGAGACUAUAAUAGCCGGGAGUCCCGCGGCGAUAGCCGAGAUGAAGAAGGGGGACGUUCUAGUAGCCGUGGACGGUAAAAAGGUGUCUAACAUGAAUCAGGUAGCGAAAUUUGUAAAAAGUGCUGUGCAGAGACGUUUUAUCAUACGGGUCGAAAGGAAGUAUUCGAAGGCGGACUUGGACAAGCAAAUUAGCACGAAAUCGGAGAGCGAAAAGCUGUCGGCGGAGAGAGGCGUGGACAGGAAGACGUUGAAAUCCGACGUUGGAUCGAGUAAAGGAGACACGCCAAACACCGAGGACGGGAAGAUCAAGUUCGAGAGCCAGAUGAAGCUCGAGAGCCAGGCCAAGUUCGAGAGCCAGAUCAAGUUCUCGGACUUGAAGGAUUCUGAAAAUGAAAUUGCCGACAAGCUGGAGACCGGUUCGAAACUGUUCAGGAGACGAAAAAGCAGUGCGCACACCGACGAUACUGCUCAAACGCCGGACACCACGCCUUCCAGAAGAAUUUCAACUACUUCGAGUCAGUCGAUAACGUUCGGUAGCUCGCAGUUCUGUUUCAACGACGACAGCUACGUGACGAACGUGUCGGACUUGUAUUAUACCACGAAAGAGAAGGAGUACGCGUCUCUGAUCAUUUUCGAAGAGACCAGAAUCUUUCACAUCGAUUCGGAGCAUCAGUACUUAAACAUAGGAGUGUGGGGUCGCGUGAGGGGAGGAGAAAUUCCUGCGAAAUUACUAGGUUACAUAAACGUUCCCAUAAAGCUGAUCCUGGCACAGUGUUACACUUCCACGACCAGUCACUAUCUCAAAUGUCAUGCUCUGUUACCACCCGACAGCGCUUCUUUAGCGAUAGUCCAUCCAAAAUUACAAGGCUAUUCAGGAUUCGAUCCGACGCUUUGUUACGGUGACAUUUUAUUGUCUUACGUGUGGGAGUCUAAUUACCCGAGUCGUCACAUGGCCGGUGACUCAGGGAAGAAGGAGAACACGGAAACCGCUAAAAUACCGCCGGCCUCGAGCGAGGAGAUCAACGAGAAAAAAAUGCACGAUUUCAUUAGAACUCAUUUUCAUAGAGCCACGCAUUGCGACUUCUGCUCGAAGAAGAUCUGGCUGAAGGAUGCGGUGCAGUGUAGAGACUGCGGGAUGGUGUGUCACAAGAAAUGCGAGGUCCGAUGUCAAGCGUCGGGAACGUGCGGGGCCGAGAGUAUAGCGGCGAUGGCGUUAGAAGCUGACGAAAUAGAGCCUACUACUCUUGUCGGGGAAUCGGGCCCAGAGAUAUCGUUAACCAGUUGCGAAGAAAACGUGCAGGGUGCGACUAUGAUGGCCAUGAAGGCUAGUAUAGCUAACACUCUGUUGGGCCUGAAGAAGGCUGGAAGUACCAGUUGCUUGGCCCCACCAGCUUCCGGUACCGGCCUGGCGUCUAGAAGUCUUCCCCCAAGUCCCUGUGCAUCCCGCAAGAACUCGUUGGUCGGAGGCUUGGGCAUAAGCUCCGAUCUGUUGGAGGGUGCCGAGCCUAGCGUGGCUGCACCUCUGCUUGCCGGAGAGUUGGACGACGGUCUUAUGUCCAGGGCUAAAGACACCGGCAAGUUUUUGUACAAACACUUGGAGCCAGAGGAACGCGUCGAGAAGAUCAACGAGAUGAUAGGAAAACUGAAGACUGCGCUCGACGCGGAAACUACCUCGAGACUAGGGAUGUCACAGAGCGGAGACAGUGUCAAGCUGACCGCCCAAAGCGAUCUACGGGUGCAAGCGCUCAGUGUCUUACUUUUACAUUACUGCGCCGGUUUGCAACACGCGCAAGAGGCGUUGGACCGAUCUCGGAGCAGCGAGGAGUCUUAAUCGACUAAAUGCUUGUUUCUCUCUGUUCUCUAAUCUCUGUUACCAAGUCGUGUCGAUGGUCGAACUCCGACCGACCAAUUUCUCGAACGAUCUCAUUCGGAGAUCUGCCUCUGUACGUAUCGCGCGCAUAUAUCAAUGCAGGUACAAGUUUUCUCUUUAGAUCGUCCGGUGUAUACAACGUCGCGUUAAUAGAACUCGAGGAUGCUCGCGAAUGUAAUCGUGAUACCUCGAUAGAUUUUACCGGGAAACACCAAAUAUCAAGACUCGUAUUUACAAACUAUUUAUGCUCUGGUAGAGAAGAGUACAACGUAUACCAGAUGCGUUUACGCUUACGGUAUUUUCAACCGCUUAGACAAGUAGUAUCGCUGUAAGGCGUUUUAGGGUAACGAAAGAGAGAUUGACAAUUUAUCUGGAAAUCAACGAACAGUUAGGCGUUUGAUUUGGUAGACUCGUGAAACGGAUAUUACACUCUUCGAUGUCGAUAUUAGACACGUUCGACACAGCAUUUUCCUUCCUUCUUUUUUACUCGAACCACGUUUUAGCGAUCGUUAUGGUCGAAUUACGACGAAUUAAUUGUCCAACCGGUUUGUCGAAUUCGUCGACGCGUAUAUUACUUAUGCACGAUCGCGACGAGCGACGUGAGUGUACGAUACUCAAAUUCCAUCCAUGUAACACCAACGUCGACGUAUCGAUGUGCGUUUCGCGACUUUAAGACGUCACGAUUCGUCGUUGACAUGUAGAGUGGACGUAAGACAGCAGAGCGAACAAUACAGAUUGUUAAACGAAUGUUCACCGAUGAUCGAAGACACAAGCGGACAUGAAGUUAAUAAAAUGUUCGUUAGAACGUGUAAGAUACUCCGUUGCACUCGUGUCUUCAGUUUUAUACUCGUGACAACGGCGCAGGCGGAAGCAAUGUUUCGCGAACGAUUCAUUAUUUUCCGACGAGAUAUACGCACAUGCGUCCCCGUUCGAACCGCGCUCGUAUUCUCGGUAAACAUGAAAAUACACGAAAAAUGGAGACGCAGUAACCGGGCGCACAAAGAAUCGGCGCCGGAGCCAAACGUUUCGUAGGGCCAACGUUCGACCCGAGGGACAACGAUGGAAAAAAUAGCCGGCGAGACGAAAUUUUCCGCGGACCGCGCGCAUAUGUCAUCUCGUGUUUUCGGCCGCGAAUCGCACAUCAACGAACUUGGCGCGAUUCUUUCGCGCGUUGCCGGAAAGUUUGUUGCGUCGAUUAUUCGUGGAACGCGACGUUUCUUUCUGUCGCGGGUUGCCAGAUCACGUUUGGCUCAAAUUUAGAUAUUCUCGGAUCACCGGAUAUACGAUUGCGCAUCGAUUUUGGAAACGCAAAGUCAUCCGGUUAUACCGGAGGCGAUGACGCUCGCGGGUAGACAAAAAUUGUCGCGCGUUCCACGUGACGGCCGCGAGGAUCGUCCUUCGGCGCUCGUGGUAGACCGUUUGGCGACUGGAGAACCGCGAACAUCUUUCUAGUACCCUACUGGAUACGCGCAGUUCCGCGCGUGUCAGAGUAGUGUCAGAGUAGUGUAAGAGAUAGAGAAAGCGAAAAGAGAGAAGACGGGUACACGUGCGGCUUUCAUCCAUCGCAAGAGAGUCGAUGCGUCGAGAGAAGAAGAGAAGUCAUGGGGGAUUUUGGCCCGCGAAUCUAUUCUCGUCUGUAAAAUGCACGCGCAGUAUCCACUGGCCGCGUGCCAAACGUACCGAGGAAUGGUACAAACAUUUCAUCCCUGUUGGGCACUCUGCGAUGAAUGGAGAGCCGUGGAGAGCAAAGUCCUCGGUCCAGAGAAAGUAGCAGCGUGCUCGAUUAAUUCGGAGUAGCCGCAUAACGAUAGCUCAGUCCGUCGCUAGAGACGAGAUUCGUAUUUAUUUUCCUGCGCGAAGUCGUUUGAUCGAAGGAAAGUAUCGAGCGCGUCGAGACCGUCCUCCUCAGAACGGAAGUUUCUCUCGAGAAAGAGGCUCGGAGCGAAGCCGGUGCGUGCGGAACGUUUUAUUGCCGAGCGGAGCUCGCGCGUGGCAUUUUGAUCGCGACGCUCCUGAUGCAUCGUGCUGUUUUCGAAGGAAUACGAAGAAAACGACUGGAAAAGUUCACCGGCAAUGUCUGGACGGGCAAUAACGACCGUUUCGCGAUGGCGCAGUAGGCAUCGUGCCGAACGAACGGUUCGUCGUAUUUUCGACCUCGGUUUUAUACGAUACUUUUAGCGAAUAUGCAAUUCGCGAACAGACGGGCGAACAAAGACCGUCGGCAACGGACCGGAAACGAGCGAAAUCACGAACCAUGUUCGAAAAGAACGUUUUUCGUUCGAGCCUCACUUCCUAGUCCUUACGCGUGUUGCACCGACGGACGCACGUUUAUGUAACGACGCGAUCAAACAUAUACGUACAUGCAUUUAUGUGCAUCGUUCACGCGUCACCCAUGUAUUCGGCAAUAGAAAACAUGUCGUUUCGUCGGAUAGGUCAAAAUACGUCGAAAGAUUGAAAUUACGUUAAACGGACCAGAGCCAUUUGGAUCCCCUCGCCCGAUCUUCAUAGACGAUGAUAAAUCGUCGAUCUUACGCCUGCUGAUAUCACGGAUUUUACCGUCAGUAAACUGAGAAACUUUAACUGAGUCAGUAUGGUUUCUCUUGUUAACGAAACGAAAUGGACCAGUGGUGAAUUAAUGAUUCACGAGUUCCGGGACUAAAACGAACAUGGGGCCCAUUUAAGGGCAGUCAAAAAUUAUCAUUUUGUGAAUAUAAAUAAAAACUAUGCUUUUAUUGGA